UAAGGGUUCAGUGUUCCUAUUUUCCCACUGAGCCCACUCGACUAACCUGAAACCCUAACUCAUGCUUUCAUGAUUCGGAGUGUUACAUCUCUGUUACCGUGCAAUUUCACUCAGUUUGGUAUAAAGUUACAGUAACUUAAUCGGUGAAAAUGGCGAUGGCUGGCUUGUACAGGCGGUUACUUCCUUCCCCGCCUGCGGUAGAAUUCGCUUCAUCUGAAGGAAAGCAACUUUUUCUUGAAGCCAUUCAAAAUGGAACAAUGGAAGGAUUUUUUAGAUUAGUUUCUUAUUUUCAAACACAAUCAGAGCCUGCGUACUGUGGAUUGGCAAGCUUAUCCAUGGUCUUGAAUGCUCUUGCUAUUGAUCCUGGAAGAAAAUGGAAAGGUCCUUGGAGAUGGUUUGAUGAAUCUAUGUUGGACUGUUGUGAACCUCUAGAAAAGGUCAAAGCCAGAGGUAUCUCAUUUGGGAAGCUUGUAUGCUUGGCUCAUUGUGCUGGAGCAAAAGUUGAGGCCUUUCAUACGAAUCAGAGCAACAUUGAUGACUUCCGCAAAUACGUGAUGAGAUGUUCAGCCUCUGAUGAUUGUCAUAUAAUCUCUUCAUACCACAGAGCUGUUCUCAAACAAACUGGAACUGGUCAUUUUUCUCCUAUUGGUGGCUAUCAUGCUGGAAAGGACAUGGCCCUUAUUUUGGAUGUUGCACGUUUUAAGUAUCCUCCUCAUUGGGUCCCACUUACCCUUCUCUGGGAGGGCAUGAACUAUGCUGUCGAAGACACCAGACAACCUAGGGGGUUCAUGCUUAUAUCAAGGCCUCACAGGGACCCUGGUAUGCUUUAUACCCUGAGCUGCAAACAUGAGAGUUGGAUUAGUAUUGCAAAAUUCCUUAUGGAUGAUGUUCCCCUUCUACUAAAAUCAGACGACGUGAAGAAUGUUCACAAGGUGCUCUCAGUUGUAGUCAAUUCGCUUCCAUCUAAUUUUGGGGAUUUUAUCAAGUGGGUUGCAGAAGUCAGGAGGCGAGAGGAUGGUAGUCCAAGUUUGAGUGUAGAGGAGAAAGCUAGGGUUUCUAUUAAGGCAGAAGUAUUGAAACAGGUGCAGGAGACUCGGCUUUUUAAACAUGUCACUUCUUUUCUAUCAAAUUCUUGUUGUAGGCUGCCCUCUAUUUCAGGUCACGGAGACACUUUACCUGACAUUGCAGCAAAUGUGUGUUGCCAAGGAGCAGAAAUUCUAGGCGGGAAGCUCAGCUCAUCGGCAGUGUAUUGCUGUAGAGAAACAUGUAUGAAAUGCUUGAAAGCAGAGGGUGACAAGCCAAUCACAAUGGUCUGUGGGACUGUAGUAAAUGGUAACAAUGAACAAGGGGUUGAUGUUUUAAUUCCUUCUCCUCAAGGACCGUGUUGUGAUUGCUCUGGUCCAAGUAAGUACAUUGAAAUGCACCCAGCUAGCAGUGACGUGCUUACAGCACUGCUACUCUCGCUGCCAUCCACAACGUGGAUUGGCAUCAAAGAUGGGCAAGUCCUGAAGGAAAUACAUGAACUUGUUUCAAUUGAUAACCUUCCUACUUUGCUGCAAGAAGAGGUUUUGCACCUAAGAAGUCAGCUUCAUAUGCUAAAGAAAUGUCAAGAGAACAAGGCAGAUGAAGAUCUUGGUGCGCCUGUCUCCUAGCAUCACCAUUUCUCAUUUUCUUCAUCGAGCCCAUAUAUCCGUAAGACAGGCAUUGUGAAUUCAAUAAUUUAGGCACACCUUGCCGAAGCAAUGUCCUGCGUCCAGUUAUUUGUCCGAAAAUAACUGGUAUCUGGAACCCCUUGGUAUCCGAAAAUACCAAGGGGUCAGUUUUAAGGUUUAGGUAAAUCAUGUUAUACAGACUACAGACUGAAGUUCUCGCUGGAACUUGCUUUGCACACGAGAUUCAAGCAUCUGGAGCACUGCCAGCUCACUUCAUCACCCUAUUAAGUUGUCCGGUAUUAUAAAGUCACUUGACGUGACUACUGUCUAUUGGAGAAUAAGUAAGCCUGUUGGUCAAAAAAUUUAUGGCAAGUUUUCACAUUCACUUGUAUUUUUUGAAUGUCUCAUUUAUUCAACAGUGCGUGUUUGAAUACUAUUUAAACUUAUUUUAAAUAGCAUGGUUACAAUUGAAAGUGGUUUCAUAUAUUUGGUAAUACACUGGCGGCUUGCAUUUUUUUAUCC